AUGCUGCUGCUGACGGCCCUGCUGAUGGCGCUGCCCCAGGCCUGGGCAUGUCUUCCACAGAAAGCAGAUUAUGUCGUGGUCUCCUGCUUCCCGAACAUGAUUAUCGCCAAUGUACCCGAAUGUCCCUAUGGUUGGGAGAUCGAGCAACUCUCCCUGGGGGGGAUCUGCUAUACGGGGGUCAUCAGUGCUGGGUACUACCGCUUCACUGUCCCGGACCUGACCCCCAGGAACCACUCCUACUGUGGGACCCAGUCUGAGUAUAUGGAUGGUAAGGAUCCCAAAUACGUGUUUAACAACUAUAUCAUCUCCAACGACACCUCUCUCACGGUGAGGAACCAACCCGUCAACUACUCCUUCAGCUGCACCUACAGGGCUGCCUACUUGGUGAAUAACGCUGUGUUCAGCCAAAGAGUGGCGACCGUUUACGUGAACAACGGCAGCGUAGGCUCUUUUAAAACUCAGUUGUCUAUGAACGUGUUCACUAACUCCAAGUUCCUGUAUGCCAAGGAUGCGCCCUAUGUCAUCGACACAUCCGAAAUUGGCUCAGAGGUCUUCAUAGGCAUCGAGGCCAAGGGCCUCAGCAGCCGAUUCAAAGUGGUGAUUAACAACUGCUGGGCCACUCCCUCUCCUUACUCUACGGACAAGAAGAGGUGGAGCCUCAUAAUUAACAGCUGCUCCUCAGACCAGACCGUGACCAUCUUCGAGAACGCCAAAGACACCCGCUCCAUGUUCAAGUUCAACUCCUUCCGCUUUCAGCGUCUGGAGAAAGUCUCCACAGUCUGGCUCCACUGUGAGGUCAACAUCUGUGAUGGAGAAAAGCUCUUCUGCCAGCCAGCCCCGUGCACAACCAGAAGUGUGCAAAAGCAUGUGGACUCCAGCGGGGGGGUGCUCACCAUGGAGUUUCAGCUCUCAGUUGCAGAGUCGUCCAGUGAGGGACAUCUUGCAGGACCGUCACUCUGCCUGCUGUGUGUGGUGCUGAUGCAAACCUUCCUGAUGUUCCUGCACUCACCACGGGGGUGACCAGGCACCAGGCCCACUUUGGGGAGCACACGCUCACACACUCACACUCACAUGCUCACACACACACUCACACACACACACAAACAUACACACACAGUGACUUGUCCCCACACACUUAGACAGACAGAUUCCUGUGCCACAUCUACAGAUACAGAAAAUGUUUGUGUACAC